AUGAACUAUUCCAUCACUGAAAAGGAAUUGUUGGCCAUAGUGUUUGCAAUCGACAAGUUCAAGUCCUAUCUAGUGGGCUCAAAAGUAAUAGUGUAUUCUGAUCAUGCUGCCAUAAGAUAUUUGCUUAAUAAGAAAGAUGUCAAACCUCGCUCGAUUAGAUGGAUCUUGCUACUUCAGGAGUUCAAUCUAGAAAUCAGAGACAAGAAAGGGGCUGAAAAUGUCAUGGCAGAUCACCUGUCCUGGGUAUGGCCGAAUGGCCAAAAAGACGUGGCUUUUGAUCCACCUAUUAAUGAUGUUUUCCCUGACGAGAAUCUGUUGGCAGUAGGUUCCGACAGAGUUCCUUGGUAUGCAAAUUUUGUAAACUAUCUUGCAAGUGGAGUGCUUCCCCCGAAACUCACCUGGCAGCAAAAGAAGAAGUUUUUCUCAGACGUCAAACACUACAUAUGGGACGAACCACUACUUUUUAGGAAAUGCGGAGACACGAUCCACCGAAGUGGACAUUUGGGAGUGUCAAAGACAGCUGCUAAGAUUUUGCAAGCAGGAUUCUUUUGGCCAAGCCUAAUUAGAGUUACGAAAAAUUUUGUGCAGUCUUGUGAUCAAUGCCAAAAGACUACGAACAUUACUAGGAGAAAUGAGAUGCGGGGAGUGUGGAGGAGCUUCUUUGGAUCAUCGGAGUUUAUCUCCAUCGGAGGUCAUCAUCACCCAUCUACACUAGCGCUCAUCUCCACAGAUCUCAGAAAGGAUCAUUAA